UAAAAACCUAUUCGUCGUACUACAAACGCGAUGAAUUGAUGCUCACCCACCGUCUUCUUGCAGACCAGGUUGUUGACAUAGAAAAAGCUGACUUUCUGAUCGUCGAAAUACUAUGGUCGAGAAGUCUGCCGGCUCCUCGUACCUGCAAGCCGAGCUGGAGUCGGCCGAGCGUGCUUUACAAGUGGUCACUCGUAAAAUUGACAACCUAAAUGAUAUCGACCCCGACUCGGAACAACUCUUGGUGAAGGAAGGAGGCGAAAAAUCAAUUUUGAAACGACUCCGAAUGGCCGAAACCGAGGCCGAGGAGAUUUCCUUUGUGCGUGAGCUCUCAGCUUGGGCAAGUUCUUCGCCGUGCGAAGAUGGCAGCAAUAAUUUUGUUCUGGACGGACAAAAAUGCUUUAGGCUAGGGCAAGUGCUUGUCCGGCAGGGAGAGCCGACCAAAAAACUUGCUCUCUACAAUAUAAUUUAUAAGGAGGAGUACCUGCCCUGGUAUGGAUACGUACAAGGAAAGCUCACGGUUUCCCUCAGGAGAUCUCUAUCGAAAGCCAAAUAUCCUUCAAAGGAAGGCUGCCAAAAAUUGCUCAAGGAACGCAAGCAAUUCCAAUCCGAAGCUAGUCUCUUCACUUCAAUCGCAGGGAUAUGCGAGUGUUUACAACGCAUUGAGAGCGCACAUCAGCAAGUGCUUUAUGCUGUGAACGGAUACUCUAGUUCUGUAUCAGCGCUCGAUCCAGUGUUGAUGGAGAUUUGUGGACCAAUUCUGGAACGAAUUCGCUUUCACUUUUUGGAAGCGUCCGAUGACCGCCCGACUUCCAUGCGCAUAGAUCGUCUCCCAGAAUGGCUGAUUUUGUAUGUGCGCGACAAUGUACUUGAAGGGGGACCAUGGGAGCUGCUCCAUCGAGGUUUAGCGCCUUUCCUAGCCUCUUCGUGGAUGGUGAACUUUCUCAAUGAGCUUGUCCGGAUAGUGCAAUGGGUGCUCGGCGAACGCGGAUUUUUCCGACAUGAACACGUGGCGGGUCCUGCUUCAAAGCCUAGCACACUCUGUGAUGCCAUUGAGCAUUUGAUUCGCUUUGACGCGGACCUUCAGGAAUUGGUACCACAGGGGCUAUCGACCCGUCUACUAAGUCUAAUUGACAUAUUUGUAGCCGGUGAUGAAGAGUUGCUUUCGUGGUGGCUGGAGCGUGAACGAGAGCGCGUCUUUACGAUAUUGACGCAACAGACUACCAUACGUGCUAACAAACUCGUUGCCCCACAAGCUGAGAGCUUUGCCGCGCUGAUACGUUCGGUGCGAAUCAAGGCCGCGGUUUUUUCUUUUUCUGGGCCAUACUUAAAUCGGAUAGCGACACCUUUGUGUAUGUACUUUCUCGAUACCGUGCAAGAAAUCGCGUCAGAUUUACAAAGUCUGCUAGUUCAGCGGACGCUGCCGAGCGAUAAGGACUUGGAGACUAACAUUUUGGAAUGGAUCGAGCUGAUAAAUGGCACCCACCUAGUAACAAGCGUUUUAUCGCUUCCGAUUGAAAGCCAUGGUGAUAUCACACUGAAUGGCGACGAGGAUCUUCGUCGUUUCGGGAUCUCGGUCGAGAAUCUAGAGAAUGCUUUAAUCGGAGAAUUCAGGAAAGCUUUUGUAGAAUCUUUACUGAUGGAGCGAGCCAAGCUUGCUAGCUACCUGAUGCGAUGCCCGCAUUUCUUGGCACUUAAAGGUGUCGAAAUGGUUGAUGCUAGUGAAGUGUCAGUUGAUUUGGGAGAGACUCAAAGGUUGCUGAGCGUCCUUUUACGUGUUUGUGACCUGGUAUACACUGGUCGAAUUAGCAACAGCACAAAGGACAUCGAAAUGUUUGCACCGGAGGUUCUGCGCGAUAGUGUUCUUGCUUCGGUUGCGGAUAAGUUUCUUAUGGUGGCUUUGGAUGUAGAUGGAAUGACGCCCGACCUAAUGCGACCAGGAGCUUUGACUCUUUCUCGAGAUAUUCUUGAUAUUUUUGGGACCUCUGCUCUUCCUAGCGCCGCAUUGCGUCUCCUUGAUGUCGUUAAGUUUAUGUGUCUGGAGGCUCGUCACCUUGGACAGGUUGGGGAUGCCUUGUGUGGCCUAGCAGAAGAAUCGCCUCCUUUGACAAUCGCGACAUUUACUGCAGACGAACGCCUAUACGAAGAAGCGCUGAGUAUGCUUCGUGCAAAAGGCUUUACUUGGAUCGAACUCGAAGACACGCUAUCAAUAUUAAAUCGCAGAAGAGAUCUCAGAGUUCAUUGA